AUGGUCCGCCCUAAUCAGAAAACACCAUUUCGCUCGAUUGAAGAGGCUGAUAUCCAGUAUCACGUGAUUUUUCGAGAUUGCAUCAUUUCUCGGCGCAAAAGCGGUUCAUCGUCCGAUGACGAGGAAGAAGCUGUCUCAACUGGAACAAAACCUAUAACAGUAAGGAAGUCAAUCUACUCGGACGAUGAGGAUGAUGGAACAUGCGACAGAGUUGGUGGAGUUGGCGUCCUCGUCAAAACAAGUAUAGCAGAGAACAUCGACUCUUUCGAACAACUUGCGACCCGAAUCGGACGUCUGCAGAUGAGAAGGUGUGGUCCAACACCAGUUUUGACUAUCUUCGUCCCUUACGCUCCAACAUCAAGCUACGAAGGAGAUGUCGAAGCUUUCUAUAUGGACCUAGAGAAGUCCUACAGAGAAGACCACACUUUCUACAAGGUCAUUGUUGGUGAUUUUAACGCCAACACUGGCCCCAGAAGAACGAAGAGAAAAGGGUGUAUCGGAACCCACGGCCUACAAUGGAACGAACAAGGAGAGAAUCUUUCUGAGUUUAUCAUGACGACUAAGACUAUUCAUGGAAACUCGCAGUUCCAGAACCUCCUCUCUACGCAGGACGUGGGAGUCACCCGGAGGAGGGAUCUUUUCGUAACGCUAGCCGGCUUUUGGGAAGAUUCCGCAGUGGACGGGGAAUACGAUCGGCUCGUUGAACAUCUUCAUGACUGCACGAAGAAGACUGAGAGUUUUAAAACCACCAAGGAACGCCUGUCUCUUGAAACUCUUGAGCUGAUACGCCAGCGUGGAGCAGCACGAGCCGCAGGGAACCAAGAACUCACGUCCGAGCUCGCAAGGCUUUGCAGAGAGGCGAUAAAGGAAGACCUUAAAGAGAGAAGAGCACAAGUGUUGGCUGAAACUGCAGUGGCGGGGAAAAGCAUCCGCUAUGCCCGUCGAGACUUCGCCAGUGGCAAGACGAGGAUGACUGCUCUCCGGAACCCAAAGGAAACAGCCACUGCAUUGAGAAGGGGGAUGGGGAAAAUCAUCUAUGACUUCUACUCUGAUCUCUUCGACAAACAUGUCUACUUGCCUCCUCAUCAUCUUAGGGAAGACGGACAUGUUAUUCCAUAG